UUUUCCAGGAUUUUUUUAAAUGUCUGAUUCAGCAGAAAAGUCUUGGGUUGAUGAUGUGAUUAUGGUAACAUCGCAGGAAAAUCAAGAUGAUGAUAAAUUAUUUAAAAUGAGUGAUGUUAAAUUAAAUUCUACUUCCCAAGUUACUAAACACCAACACAUUAGUAAUCUCACUCUUAAUACACAUAAGGCUGGAAUGCAAGGAUUCGAUGCUGCAAAGAUCAAUGAGAUAAUUCGCAAGGCAUCAGAGGGAUCCCGAUUUUAUCAACACAAGCAACAAGCACAGCAGAAGUUGGAUGCCAAGAUCAAGGAGAUGCUGCACACAGCCCAGCAAAUGUCACCUCAGCUUCUUGAAAAGGCCACUAAGAAGAUGGAAGCAGUGGCCCUUGAGUGUGAAGCAGGAAGAGACCUCAGCCGCACUAUUGUGCAUGUAGACAUGGACAUGUUCUAUGCUGCUGUGGAAAUGAGGGACCAGCCUAAUUUAAAAGAUGUGCCAAUGGCGGUGGGAGGAAACAGCAUGCUGAGCACCAGCAACUACAUCGCCAGGAAGUUCGGUGUUCGUGCCGGCAUGCCAGGUUUUAUAGCCCGUCAACUGUGUCCUGCGUUGGUGCUCGUGCCUCCGAACUUCUCCAAGUAUAAGGCAGUGAGCCGAGUUGUUGAGCAAGUCUUUGCUAUUUACGAUCCUAACUACGCCAUGAUGUCCUUGGACGAGGCUUAUCUCGACAUCACUGAUUACAUGGAAGCUAAUGCUGAUGCCUACCAAGCCAAGAGUGAAGUGGACAACGAGACGCUGGCGGAGGCCAUCGUCAGAGAAAUGAGGUUGAAAAUUCAAGAAGCAACUCAGCUUACUGCAAGCGCUGGCAUUGCAGCGAACACUCGUCUGGCGAAGGUGUGUAGCGACCUCAACAAGCCCAACGGUCAGUAUUACCUACCCUCUGACACCCGCGCCAUCAUGGACUUCAUCAACAAACUUCCCAUCAGGAAGAUAAGCGGCAUAGGGAACGUGACGGAGCAGCAGCUGAAGGCGCUUGGGAUAACAUUGUGUGGGCAGAUUCGCCCAAACUACGGGCUGCUGCGACUGCUCUUCUCAGAUUGUAGUCUGGAUUAUUUCGUACGGAUCUCGCUUGGUCUUGGGGAGACAGACCUCAGUAAUUACACCAGCGGUGAACAAAAGAGCAUCAGCACCGAGACUACCUUCACGGGUACCUCGUGUAAGCAAAAGCUGAUGCAAAUGGUUUCGGACCUCAGCAUCGAAUUGCAUGGGGAUAUGAAGAAGAAAGGACUUGUAGGGAAGCUUGUAACUCUUAAAACGAAGACGGUGAAUUUCGUGUUGAAAACUCGCAGCAUGGCUCUCGGUGAACCCACAAGCGAUCCAGAAGUCAUGGGCAAGGUUGCGCGUAAACUUCUUAUUGCCGAAAUGGAAAAAUGUCCGGUAGACGAGCCAUUAUCUCUGCGUUUAUUGGGCGUACGUAUGUCUAACUUGAGUGAGGAGGCUUCUUCCGGCAGAGCUAAGCAGACUACGAUCAGUAAAAUGUUCGAAAAACAGACUGUGUCAGCAGGACGCGAGAGUAGCAGUAAUUACUGUCUCGUCACGGAGUCUGUCGCUAGUAACACCUUGUCUGAAGCAUCAGAUAAACAUGGAUCAGACUCAGUUAAUCCGGAGAAAAUUCUGCCUUCACUGGACAAUUAUUGUCCAAGUAGUAGUAAUAUUGAUGCGACGGUUACGAAUUCGUCGAAGAAUGCUCAACUUAUUUGCCCCAUCUGUGGUGAAAUAAUAAAUUCAAAAUUUUUAACUGCACUCAAUAGACACAUAGACGCUUGUCUUGAUAGCAAUGUGAAAAAGAAAUCUUUUAAUCCUUGCGUGGAUGAAACAAAUAACUGCUCUAGCAGCUCCGAAAAUUCUGAAGAAAUUCAGGAGAAGUUCAGGCCUUCCAUGAUUGAUAAUUUGAAGAUAUUGAAACCAAAUCUUUCUUCGUCAAGUGCACAAAGCGUGGAUUGUCACAGUCAAAAUGAUCUUAAUGGCGAUGAUACGGUUAUUUGUCACUCGAAACUGCGGAGAGACUCUACGGAUGAUGUUAAUCCUAAAAUUCACUACUCCACGGAUUCAUGGGACAUCAGAGACUCACUCUUGUGUCCUGUUUGCAACGUUGUGACAUGUACGUCGCUGGAUUCCCUAAACCAACACCUGGAUAGUUGUCUCGCUACGUCUAACUUGCAAUGCGAUUCACCUGACGUCUGCCUGACAUCCCCUUCCGCUCAAUGCGACCUGAGAAACCCAACUGGCAAAUCGGUUUUUGAAAAUCUCGAAUGUGAUGGAACGCAAACCCAAGGUUGUUUGCCCGAUUCCAAGUCCGAUGAUUGCCGUAAGUCGUUACAAGAUUAUUUUAGUGGAGUUCAGACCUUGACUAGUUGUUCAAGUGACCUAAGAACUGGACCAAGACCUUCAACAACAUUUCUUAGUUCUAAUGGAGAAUCUAGAGUUCGCGGUUCAAAGCGCAAAGUCAGCAAGAAGUGUCCUACUAUUAACAAAAAACCCAGGACUUCUGGAAUAGAUAUUCCAAUAACAGAUUUUUUUUUGUGACUUCCAAUUUGAUUUAUUAGGUCAUGCUAGAACGAUGAAUACUUUUUAAGUCUUUGUUAUCACUGAAAUUGAUUUUAUA